AUGAGCACAGGCGCAGCAACCGGUACGACCAAAGGUGGGAGAGGAAAGGCCAAGGCCACCAAAUCCGUCUCUCGCUCCUCUAAAGCCGGUCUUCAAUUCCCCGUCGGAAGAAUCGCCAGAUUCCUGAAAGCCGGAAAGUACGCCGAGCGUGUCGGUGCCGGAGCUCCGGUCUAUCUCUCUGCCGUUCUCGAAUACCUCGCCGCUGAGGUGUUGGAGCUUGCUGGGAACGCGGCGAGGGAUAACAAGAAGACUCGUAUUGUACCGAGACACAUUCAGCUCGCAGUGAGGAACGAUGAGGAGCUGAGUAAGCUUCUGGGAAGCGUGACGAUUGCCAAUGGAGGAGUGUUGCCAAACAUUCAUUCGACGCUUCUACCUUCAAAGGCUGGGAAGAACAAGGGAGAAAUUGGAUCUGCCUCUCAGGAGUUCUGA